AUUCAAACCCACAACAAUAAGAUGUUUAUCGAGUGAUGUGUUUCGGGUAAACUAUUAAGUUAUUUUCCACUUGCAAUUGGAUAGCUUUCAUGAAAACAGCCCGUCAAAAUAUCGAGUACAUAAGCAAAGGAAAAGCCCGAUCAGUUCUGCAAUAAAUUUCAAACGUGAUUCAAGUACGCUCACAUUUUAGGAAACAUUCACAAGAAUAAAGGAAUAAAAAGCGAAAAAGACUAUUGAUAGCAACAAAGAUUUUCAUGUUUUUCUCCCUUUUUCCUGUCUUUCUGCGUUAGAGAGAAUAUUUUUAAAUCGUCGCUUUUCAAGAAAAACUAAACAUUCAGCAGAAACCGUGCCGAACGUAUAACGUAUGUGUGAAAAUCCAACUGACUACAGGCAACGCGUGCACUCUUCAGCGUGCCGUACACAUAUAAAUAAAUAGGUAUUCCGACGUAUUUAAAUUUCGCUCUCCCAAAAUAUAGAUCACAGACACAUUUGCGCACAAACAAACUGCCUGUAGAACAGUAAUGGGUCAGUUCGUUUUUGCUCGGAAUUCUAAAACAAGAUCAUUCUUACGAUACACGGCAACCGAAGUUGUGCAGUAGUGUUUGAAAUUUUGUGCGCGAGAGACGGGCGUCGACAUCUUGAGACGCUAUUGUCUCACAAAAUUCCCCUUUUUUUCUUUAAGUUUUAUUUUUUCUAUUAUCGUUUGCAUAUUUUUUUUGUUUCUCUGAUCUAGUUUAAUUUUUAUUUAUUUUAUUUUUUUUUCUGCUCUAUUUGCUGAGCGAUUUGAUGUUCUGAGACGCUCGAAACAACGCCAGCAAUGGGCAAUCAUUCGACAAAGUCGAGUCAAAAUGUUAACCGUGAUCAUCGGCCAAAGAAAAACGUGCAUUGGAAAUCAGCAGAACCACCGUCAAACCCUGGCAAACCGAUCCAAGUGACGCCUUUAAAUGCUUCUACUGAAACGUUACAAAUAAAAUGGGAUCGACCCUACACAGAUGGUGGAUCACCGAUUAUAGGCUAUCUGGUUGAACAUAGACGAAUCGGUUCACCAACUUGGGUAAAAACAUCGGCCACACUUGUACCAUAUCCAGAGAUCACAAUGACUGGAAUCGAACCCAAUUGGAGAGUUCAGUUCCGUGUUUUUGCUCAAAAUGUCGUUGGAAUGUCGGAGUCGAGCCCCUUAUCCGAACCCAUUUCCAUUAUUUCGCAGUGUAGUGACACAUCAGCGCCGCAAUUUUUAAACGAACUGCAAAACACGACCGUAUUGGAAAACGAUCAAUGCGAGUUUCACGUCAGUGUCAUCGGAUCACCGACUCCUCAAAUAAAUUGGUUUAAGGAUGGAUUCGAAAUUUUCAGCAGUAGGCGAACAAAAAUCAUUAAUGAACUUGGUUCGAGCACGUUGAUUUUCCAUCAGAUUGCACUCACCGAUGAAGGCGAAAUCAAGUGUACGGCAACAAAUCGUUAUGGACACGUUGUAACCAGAUUCCAAUUAAGAAUAGAUGCACCUCCAAAAAUACGAUUGCCAAGACAAUACGAAGAUGGAUACUUGGUUGAGGCUGGCGAAUCAAUAAAACUCAAGGUUGGCAUCGCUGGCCGUCCAACACCUGCCAUUUCCUGGUCGCACAAUAACGAUAUCAUUACAAAUGGUGGACGCUACGAAAUCACAACAAACGAUAAAAAUUCGUUUUUGAAAAUAACCAAAGCCACGCGCAAAGAUCGAGGGGAGUUCAAUGUUCGGGCAAUCAAUAAAUUGGGUGAAUUCAAUGCAUCGUUUCUUGUGACUGUCACCGCAAAGCCAAGCCCACCGCAAAAUGUUCGAAUCUCAAUGUCAUUGGGCAAAUCAGUCACGCUCACUUGGUCAGCGCCCGAAGAUGACGGUGGAUGUAAAAUUGGAAAUUAUGUAGUGGAGUAUUUCCGCAUCGGAUGGGAUGUUUGGUUGAAAGCGUCAUCCACCAGACAGCUGACCGCCACCUUGAAUGAUUUGAUUGAAGGCUCUGAGUAUAAGUUUCGUUUAAAGGCUGAAAGUCCAUAUGGGCUAAGCGAACCAAGCGAGGAAUCAAAAACUCUUUUCAUUCCCGAUCCCAAACGAGGCAUUGUUACACCUAGUAGUCAACGCAGUAACCGCAUCACCAAACAAUCGUCACUUUCGCCGAAUGUGGACCGUAAAAAUGUGGUUUACAGCCAACCUAGAAAAAGUCCCAUUAAGCAAAUUAUUAUAUCAGAUGUCCCCAAAAAUGUUGAAUUCAUUUCACAAAUCUAUGACAAUGAACAAAUCGUGAAGGAGCUUAGUUACGGCACAAGUGUCGAGAAUCGAAAUGGUAAAAAGAAAGAUCCACUUCCGUCUUCGAAGCAAAGUUCCGAAUCAAAUUCAAUCCAAUCCAGUAAAAAUAAUGUGAAUAAACCUAAAUUAGUCAUACCCGGAGAAGAAUCAAAACCUUCCAUAGUUACAACAUCGCUCCAAAGCAAUGAAAAGAGAACGCACGACAAAUUUAGUGAUGAAAAUAACAAAUUGGCAGCCGCUCACGAUGAAGUUCACACGAGCAAUGAAUACAUGCUAGUUUUGUAUGAUGACAAAAAGAAGGAAAAGAAGGACUACGAAGAAAAUCAUUUUGAUUUGGACUUGAAAGAAGCCAUUGAAGCUCCACCAUUGUCAUUAUCAACGCCAGACUUACAUGACAUGUCACAUCACAAUCCGUUCCAACCAUUAAGAAGAUCUGCGAGUUCAUCUGAAUUACUCUAUGAGAAGGUAAUGCAAAGGUUUUACCAGGCAGUUGAGCUGGACGAAGCGGAGAGGGCACGAAAACAAAUUUCUGAUCCCAAUUCAAACCGAAAAUCCAAAUCUAUGGAUCGCACAAUGAACAGCAACGAAUUCGAAUCGCCGUUUGAUAACGAAGUGAAAGGCGACUCAGAGCUAGAGCCAGAACCUGAAAUCGAAACUGAUCAACACCAUGAUCGUGAUUUGCGAAAAGAGAUCUUUGAAUCACAACGAAAACGCAGUCACACUCGACACGAACCAUUGCCAGAUGUUGAUUACGAUGAUGAUUACACAGAGAGUACGGCGUCAUCAAUAGGAUCGGUUUCAUUGUCUGCCUCCGUUGAAUCAAUUGAACAGUUCAUAAACUCAGUGCGAUCAGCAGCAUCAACAAACACAAACUUGACCACAAGCACAACGAAUACACGAGCUCCGGUCAAUGAUGAACUAGAAACUUAUCAUCCGCGUAUGGAAAUGCGGGAAAUGCGCGCACUUUCACCAUAUAGAACUCCAGAGCCGGGCCACGCAACUGUAAUUUUAAAUAAACCUGUUCCGUUGCCCGAUCCAGAUAUAAAACCAAAAUCGAUUCUCAAGCGACGGACAUCUAACGAAAACGCCAUAAAUGAAACAACAACAAGCACUGUUGUGGAAACUAAGCCAGUUGAAAAAGAACCACAAUUACAAGUGCUACCGCCACAACCGCAACCUCAAAUUCAACCAAAAUCAGAGCCAGAGCUACAAACUCAGCCGCAAUCGCAGCCAAAAUCGUUGCCGUCAAUACCAAAGCCAGAAAAAGAGAAAAGAAGCUUUUUGAACUUAUUCAGUAAGAAGGCGACAUCUGCAGAAAAUCUAAAGAAACCGGUCGAGUUGCCGCUUGAGAAAAAAGUCCCAGAGAAAGCUGUAGAAAAAGAGAAACUUUCAAAGCAACGACAAAAUUCAAUUGAAGAAAAUAAAGUGGAACAAGUUGCAGUAAUUGAUCAUUACAGCGACAUUGUCAGAGAGUUGGGUGGUAGAACGACUACGAAAUCGCCUGUACCGUUGUAUAUGAAUCAUCAGGCAUUACGGGAAGCGGCUGCAAGAGCUGAACUUGAGGAACGCGCAUCAAUCGCACACCAAGGGCCGCCGUCUCGAUGCAUGUCGCCCGAAAUCGAUAAAAUCAACAUUAAUGACGAUGAAGAUGAACAUUAUAUGUUGGAAGUGGCCAAAAAAAUGAACCAAUACACCGAAUCGAUAGCGGCGCCAUUGCCACAAAACGAUUUAGUUGAAAUUAGUGUGGAACAUACAAAGUCAAUUUCGUACGCAGUUCGUCAAAUAAAACAGCCCGAUGUUAAAGCGAACAAUGAAGCCAUCUUCCAGGCGAAUGCUAAAAGCUUGACCGAAUCGACGAAACUGAACAAUGAAGAUGAUAGUACUGAUAGCGUGAUCGAUACGAAAAAGCAAGAAACGCUAACAAAAGUGAGAAGUUCAUCACGCUUACGUCAACUCGGACGUGCAUCGACAUUAGAGCGGCGUAGCCAAUCAAAAUCGCCUCUUUCUGACCGCAGAACAUCGUUAUCAUCGACCGUAUUGAAAGUGACUCGAAUGCCUGUCCAAAACACCAACAACGAUAUUGACAUUGAUUUUGGAUCUAUAUCGUCGCCAUCGCCAUCACGUCCACCAUCGCCAUCGCCAUCGCCAAAAGCAGCCGAACACUUGCAAUCCACAGCUGAAGAGAAUGUUCGCUCCACCCUAUCAUAUGUUACAGAUCUGGCAAUGUUUUUGUUGGCUUGCUAUCUGUACGUGUUUCAUGAUGCUCGUCUGUCUAUUCCAAUAUUGCUUUUGAUGGUUUAUCGACAAAUGAAAAAUGCAUUCGUAGACCAAAUACAGAAAUGGACUAAACGGAAAAGACAAUGAUACAACGGUUAUGGUUAUGGUUACGGCCACUGUUAUCGCUCUCAACAACCACUUAAUUCAUACUUUUGUUAAUGUUAACCAUUUGAUAAUUUGUUAUCAAUAAACUUAUUUGUACCCUAAUGGAAAUCAAUUCAACUCAAAUAAAAAGAGAUGAAAAAAACAACGAGAUUUGUUUUCAAACACAGCAGCUCCAAGUAUACAUUAAUAUAAUAUUAAACAUUUAUUUUAAACUUACACAUUAAGGACGAUUACAGCUUACAAUGUUUAAUUAUUACCUAAAUAUCAGCGUUGUUGAAGAAUCGCUAGAAUUUGCUUAUGUUUUUUUUUUUAAAUUUCGUCAAUAUGCCAUUCAAUAAAACUAUUAUAAAUACA